UCACGACAUCGUUUCGACAUUUUCUCUUUUCAAGUCAAAUAAGUAUAAGAAGUUAUCAAAGAACUUUGUGAAAACCUAUCCAACUCAUUCAUUCUUGCAUACCAAUAUAAAAGGUCCAUAUACAUCAAACAUUCUAUACACUUCACAAUGCCAAAUUCAAACCAAUUAUCGCCACCCCCACCUGCCUACACUAAUCAUGGUGAUGUAUCUGUAGCAAGUAAUGAGACACUGCCAACGGCGCCGGUAAAUCAGCCAACUACCUCGAUUUCUCAUGAAAUAGUAGAUUCAGCUGCGACGAUUCAGCAAGUCGAUGCACCAAGUUUCACGAUAACAGCGCCUGAGAAUUCAGGAUUUAUGGCAGGCUUCAAUACAGCAGAAAGUGACAAAAAUUACCCCGAUGGAUUGCUUUCGAAACUUGAGAAUGUUAUUCAGCAGCUGGAGUCAUCCCAGGAAGAACGACUUAUUACACGGCUUGAAAAUGUUCUGUCACGCCAGGCAGAGGCAAAUUCCAGUUUGUUAAGUGAGAAGACAGACACCAGAAAACCAAUCAAGCUUAAAGAUGCAGUCGGGAGACGCUUCAGCUUCCCUUAUCACCGAUGUGAGACCUGGGCAGGAAUCUCAGAACUCAUUAAAGCAGCAUUUCUUCAUGUCGAAAUCAUCGGCCCACAUGUUAACGAAGGACAUUACGAUAUUAUGAAUCCGGCUGGGGAAGUCAUCCUCCCUCAACUCUGGCAAGAUCAUGUCCAGCCUGGAUGGGAGAUCUCCAUGUCAAUGUGGCCAAUUCCCGGCCCUCCCAAGCCAAGAUUUCCAACACUAACACCGAAUGCGCCGGUACAUGUUAUCGUGGAUAGAGUACUUGGACCUGCUCCAAAUUGCUUUCGGUCGCAUCAACCACCCAGUUAUUCUAGUGAUCUGAGUGCCCAGGGCAAAGGAACUCGGGGAUUGUGGCAAAAAAUGAAAGGUGUAUUCACAAGGAAAAAGCUGACCUAUGACUCGGACAGCAGCGAAUCUAGUUGCUGUAAUUGAUUCCCAGUUCAUCGUUUUCCGUCAGCCCAAGUUCGGGGGGUUUGCUCUUGACACGAAUGAGUUUAUUUCAUUUUACACAAGUCAAGUAACUGCUGGACCGUGGAAAUUUACCAAUCAUUCCAUAAUUAGUCACCAUUAAGAGAUGUUCAAGAUAAAGUUAUGUCAUCGACAGUCGUGCUUGUAAGUGUUUCAAAAUUGAUGGAUUUUGAUGGAAUGGAAUGGCAGGCUAGGUGGGAAUCGGCAAUGUUGCUAGACGUUUCACAAUUCUAGAUUAUCACAAACCAAAAUUUUAUAAGUUUUUACCUCAUACCAAGUCAGAA